UCUCUCUCUCACUCGGCUUACAGUAUACACCUAUCUAUCUUCCACAAGCAUCAGCAGUCACUCCAUCAGUCUCCGCGAUACGAGCGGUACUACGGCGCAAAGCAUGGCAUCUCUGCGCCCCGAAAAACCGGUCUCCGCUGCUGCGCACCUCUGCGUCUUUCUGUUGACCGUCUCGGCCUGGAUGGCACUGCCGGGACCCGUGCGUUGUGACAGCGGGGCUUUAAACCGGCGCGGCGGGGAGCACCGUACGUUUGACAUGGGCGGUGGAGACGGUGGCUCCCCGCCGGGCUUACCGACGGACGGUGUCGAGGAAGCCGUCGGCGCGGAGACCUCUCCCCGCUUCAGGAGAGCACUGUCCCGGGAAAAACAAAUGUCCCUGCUCAGCAGUUCGUUCGUGCUCAAAGGGGAUGCGACCCACAACCAGGCGAUGGUCCACUGGACAGGAGAGAACAGCAGCGUCAUCCUGAUCCUGACCAAGUACUACCACGCUGACUCCACCAAGGUGCUGGAGAGCUCGCUGUGGAGGUCUACAGACUAUGGCACCACCUACACCAAGCUCAACCUGAUGCCAGGCACAACCAUCGUGGUGACCAGCUUCUACAUCUGCCCGAACAACAAGAAAAAGGUAGUGCUGGUGGGUUCAUCCAUUAACGAGAGGGAUCAGAUGCUGUUUAUCAGCACAGACGAAGGUUCCUCCUUCCAGCGACAGUCCAUCUCCUUCACCCCGGACACUAUCGUCUUCCACCCCAAGGAGGAAGACAAGCUCCUGGCCUACUGCAAGGAGGGCAGGCUCUUUGCUUCCGCAGACCUGGGCCGCAAGUGGACUUUGCUUCAGGAGCGGGUGACCAAGGACAGAGUCUUCUGGUCAGUAUCUGGUGUGGAUGUGGACCCUGAUCUGGUGCACAUGGAAAUGCAAGACACGAGUGGAGGUUACCUUUAUGUCACCUGUCUCAUCCAGAACUGUUCGGACAAAAUGGUGACUGCUCAGUUUCUCGGAAAGAUCGACCACAACUCGCUGCUGGUGCAGGACGACUACAUAUUUGUCAAGGUCACCACAGGGAAUCGCACCAAGCACUACGUGUCCUAUCGGCGCAACGAGUUUGUCCAGAUGAGGUUUCCCAAGUACGCCUUGCCAAAGGAUGUUCAGAUAGUGAGUACGGACGAGAAUCAGGUCUUCCUCGCCCUCCAGGAGUGGUACCAGUCAGACACAUAUAACCUGUACCAGUCGGACCCCCAGGGCGUCUACUACUCCAUCGUCCUGGAAAAUGUUCGCAGCACCAAGCAGCCAGAGGAGAAUGUCCUCAUCGACAUACUUGAGGUACGUGGUAUCAAAGGAGUCUUCCUGGCCAAUCAGAAGAUUGAUGGGAAAGUGACAACCCUCAUCACCUACAACAAAGGAAGAGACUGGGAACCCUUGGCUCCACCCUCUACUGACAUGAAUGGCAAGCAGAUCAGCUGCAAAGCGCCGGAUUGUCACCUUCACCUCCACCUACGCUGGGCAGACAACCCCUACGUGUCUGGGACUGUCCACACCAAAGACUCUGCUCCAGGUCUCAUCAUGGGUGCUGGUAACCUUGGCUCCAAGCUAGUAGAGUAUAAGGAAGAGAUGUACAUCACUUCAGACUGCGGGAAGACGUGGAGACAGGUUUUCGAGGAGGAGCAUCACAUCCUGUACCUGGACCACGGUGGGGUCAUUGUUGCCAUUAAGGACACCUCUAUUCCCCUCAAGAUACUCAAGUUUAGUAUUGAUGAAGGACGGACGUGGACUGUUCACAACUUCACCAGCACCUCUGUGUUCGUCGAUGGACUCCUGAGUGAGCCAGGAGACGAGACCCUGGUUAUGACUGUGUUUGGCCACAUCAGCUACAGGUCAGACUGGGAGCUGGUCAAAGUGGACUUCAGGCAGUCUUUCCCCCGUCAGUGUACCGAGUCCGACUACGACUCCUGGCAGCUCACAGACCUGCAGGGAGAGAAGUGCAUUAUGGGCCAGGAGCGGAGUUUCAGGAAAAGAAAGGACACGGCAUUCUGUAUCAAAGGAAAAAGCUACACCUCGGCUCUCACCACCAAACCCUGCCAGUGUACAGAGAAAGACUUCAACUGUGACUAUGGUUUUGAACGCUCCCAUGUUGAGGGCAAACGCUGCUUCGCUGACUUCUGGCAUGAUCCAGAUUCACCACCCGAAGACUGCCAUCUAGGACAAACCUUUGAGACCAGCACUGGCUACAGGAAGGUGAUAUCCAACGUGUGUGAAGGGGGACUAAACAAGCAGCAGAGCGCCAAACAGCACAACUGCCCUCUGCUUCCCCCUCAAGGACUACAGGUCGGCAUCAAAGGGCAGAUGUUGGCUGUUGCGCCUGGUGAUGACAUCACAUUCAUUGUUCACCAGGAGCAGGGCGAUACCAGCAGCACCAAGUACCAGGUGGACCUUGGUGAUGGAGUUAGGGCCAUCUACCAGAACCUGACAGUGACGGAUGAGCCCAUCCAGCAUCGCUACGCAAAACCGGGUGUUUACAAGGUCACAGUGAAGGCCGAGAACAUGGCAGGGCACGACGAGGCCACCAUGUACAUCCAGGUCACAGCUCCUCUGCAGGAAGUGCACUUGGAAGUGGUUCCCAUUGCUGGAAGAAACCAUGAGGUCAAUCUGACAGCCAUAGUUCUCCCCACUGAGGCCAACCUGACCGUCUUCUACUGGUGGAUAGGAGACAACCUGCGGCCUACGCUGACUCUGCAGAACAGCCUUCUGACCCGUUUCCCAGAGACAGGAGAGGUUUCAGUCACCGUCCAGGCUUCUAACGGCCGGUCCAUGGUGCAGGAUACCAGGACAGUCCGAGUCUACGAUAACUUCCAGGUCAUCCCACUGAGCUUCAGCACGAACCUGGACCGAUUCAACCCAAAUAUCCCAGAGUGGAGAGAGGACAUUGGCCAGGUGGUCACCAAAAUACUCGCUAAGAUCACAGGUGUCCCUCAGGAGUCCCUGGUUACGGUGGUGAAGCCGGGCCUCCCCACAACAGCUGACCUGUACGUCCUCCCACUGGACAGCAAACCAGCCAAGAGGAGCAUGUUUGUUGAUAAGCGUAUUCCAGCCAUCACGCAGGCCUUCAAUGACAACAAUGUCAGCUUUGUGGUGCGAGGAGGUCUACAAGUGCUGGUGAUGCUAGCUGACCCAAACGCUGGUCUAAUUGCUAAUGACUCAACAGCUACAACAGCAGACACUGGCUACCAUGGAGCUGCUGGAGGUCCAGGUGUUUGGGCUCUAGCAGUCAUUUUCCUAAUCAGCAUCAUUGCCACCGGCUCCUUCAUCCUCUACAAGUUCAAAAGUCCUUGGCUUAGGACUGAGGAUGCCUAUCCUCCACUGUUUUUCAGGAAGCUUCCAGGCAGCCGCAACGUCUACGCCCAGAUGCACAACGAGAAGGAGCAGGAAAUGACCAGCCCCGUCAACCACAGCGAGGACACCCAGCACAUCAUCCAGGGCGAGGAGUUCAUCGACGAUGACCUGGACUCGCAGACUCUAGGUAACGCAGGAGGUAGCCCCGCCUUCCGUUCCCUUAUAAGGACUACCACUAACCACUGCUACUAAAUCCCAAGCCACUAACACCAGCAGCUAACACACACCAAGGCAACCAUUCUGGUGUGGUCCUGAGCAUCAACUCCAGAGAACUACACAGUUACCUGACCAGCUGAUGGCUGCCAUGGCAAUGCUAACAAGCUAGCGUAGCCUAGCCUAGCCGGCUAAUGAGCACAGGGACUCCACUCUGCCUUCCUCCUUCUCUCUCUUCCUCUCCCUCGGACACUUCACCUCCACUCCAUGGCCUCCUCAACCCUUCAGCUCCAGCUUUUGUAUAUUAAUUGUUUUCUUCUUUGGGGGUGGGGUGGGGGCUGAGGCUGGUCGAGGGACUUUUACUACCCUACUCAAUCUCUUUCUGCAAGGGGAUGCGAGGCCCUCUGCUUUACCUAAUGUAUUUUACAUCGUUGCGAGCCCCCUUACCUUCUCUUCACGUCCCACACCAGCCCUGGAGAACUGCACUGACACCCAGUGAGGAUGGAGGUCUUGAUGGCGUCACAAAAAGGACACUCACUCAUCUGUGUUUUAAAAAAGAAAAAAAAACUCAGUGUGUAUGUUGUCUGUCACUUGUAGACACUCAAAAUCAGCGAGCAUGACCAACCGCACUGGUUUCCAGAAAAUAUUCACAGUCAGAGGAGGUUGAACCAUCCAUUGGCUGCAGCCACUGAAGGCCAAACAGAGUGCAUUAGGGUAGUCCAAUUAAAAAUAUAUAUUUUUACUCCUCCCCCUUUUAUUUUUAUUUUAGUUUGUUUCCCACAAUUACUAGAUACACUCUCUUCACAGGCAAUAAUAGUCUCUCAAUGGAAUGUAGGAUAUGAAAAACCCUUGAAUUUGCAUGUGACAAGUGUACACAUGCAAACACAAGAGGGCGGUGUUGCACUUUCUUAAAUUCCCACUCACAGGUACUUGGAGCGCACAGCUUCUUUGGAAUAUAUUGUAUGUUUACACGUUUUUGAAAUCCCACUACAUUCAUAUCUUGUUUAUAAGUCCACACAUUUACAGAAGUUUGUUGAGUGGUGUUUAAAAUCAGCACCACCCUUGUAGGAGCUCAUCGUCUGUCCCAUGGUGCCUAAAGCAGCAGAUGUGAAUCUGCUCAGUGACAUUACCCAUUGUCCAGUUUAUUUAUUUCUAAAAACAGUAUGCCCGUUCUUCCUCUUCCCUGCACUUUCUGGGUCAGAGGUCAAAGCCGACUCGUUCCCCAUGGAGACAAAGGCCGCUGUCAUGGAGGGAAGGUGUAGUUGAUAUAUUUUACUGUAUCAGCCUAUAUUAGGCGUAGCCCGCGGUGGAAUCAUGUCUCCUUAAAGGUUUGGUUUGUUGUAUGUAAAUGUGUAUAUAUGAACAAUCUCCUCUCUGUACAUAUUCCCUUUGACGUGUGUGUUUUACACUGCUACCAAAAUACACAGCUUUGUUUUUCCUUUUGGAGUGACCCUUCACCAAGUUGGAAUUUGAAAAAUUCUCACUGUUUGCAGUUUCCUCAACGCGUUGCCUGCUUCACAUGUAUCCAUCUCCAAUACUUUCAGUGUAAUCUCAUGACUAAGAUAAUUUUAUGGUCUUCAUUGUUAACUGGAAAUAAUUUCAUCAUCUUAUAAAAAGGUACUCACAACUACACAGUGACAACUAUGUAUAUGGAUAUUUUUGAUACACUUCAGUCAGUUUUUGUCAGUUAUCUCAGAACGUGUAAAACACUGGUUAUUGUUUCUGUUGCCUUUUGCUGAAGUCUUUUUGUUUGUUUGAUUGCACUAAUGAUAUAAGCAUUGCUGUCAACACGUAUCGGACAGCAAUUGAACAAGUCUACGGACUGUAUCAAAAGGUCUUUGGAUGAAAGGCCUUUACAGACUACCAAUGCUACCAUUAGCACCAAGAUCACCCCUUGGUCCGUCUUGUAUUUGAUACGAACAGCAGACCACAUUCACUUGUUCUGAUUUACACCUUAAUUCAUUUUUUGUACAUAUUCUGCUCAUGUUCUACUUGUUAGUUUUCUAGUGAUGUGUCGUCAUUGUAUCAGUGUCCCCUUUAACAAAGGGGAAAGUGGGAAUUGUGAUAUUCCGAUAUAACAGUGAAGGAGUUUCACAGCUGAUGGCACCGAUCGUGUAAUUUUGACCACACCGUUUUCUUUUCCUCUUUCUGCUGGUUUAUUUGGUUUCUUGAUUUUGUUAUUAGAAACAAUUGUGUGUCCUCAUCAGGGAGCGUAGUGCACUCAACCUGCAUCCUGGAAUAAAUCACUCCCAUAACUUGUA